UUGCUUCAUCCAUCCUUCUUUAUAUGCGGUUGCAAUUCAAUAGUUAUACUUUUUUUGUUCUGCACAUGUUUCCUGCCGACACUAAGUUGUUCCCUAGGAGCCCUAUAUCCUGCAACUUCCCUUCCGCUGUUCGAUAGCUCUGCCCUGUUAUAGGCUGUCGAGGCUUAUCACAGCGUCUGCGGAAAUCCAGUUGCAGUGAGAAUUGUUUGCCAAUCCCUUUUCUGAAACUUAAUUGUGCCGGAAAUCUGUGGAUUUGCUGGAAAACCUUGAGGACGGACCAAUUCCCUGUUUCCUGGUCUUUGGUAUUCAUUUCUCUUCCUAGUCCAUUACCCGAGGGCGAUCAAGGGUUGUCAAGAUGAGUUUCUGGGAUCCUAUGGAGUUGUGGGAGAAGAUGUUGCUGGUAUGUACGCCCAAGGCUGAGGAUUGGUGUGCUCACAAGCUGACAAACAUUCUUGCCUUAGUUAUUGGCUAUUGGAAUGGUACGAUCAUGUGUGGUGCCGUCCUGGUUAUUGGCGAUACUGAUUCGACGUUUUUUUCUUCCCUCUAGGUUUGCGUGCUGGUAGCUGGUGUUAGCAAGAUGGUCUACACCAAACUUCGAGUAAGGAAGUUUGCGAAUAGGGCCGAAGCAAGGAGGUCGCAUUUGGAGAACAUGCGAGAGAGUCGCCAUGUGAUUAAUCUUAAAUCCGACGAGGUUCCCUUUGGCAUCAGAGCCAUCGAGGCAGGCAUUGAAGUUGAAGGUGUUGUGAUAUCGCGGCCCGCUACACCAACCAGGGCCAGCUACAACCCGAGCCAAGUUACUCUUGUGGCAUCCGACGCUGAUAGCAUGAAAUCACGCGGACAAUGCCCUCCAAGUCCGAGAUCAUCGCAGGGCUUUUACGGGACGCCGCCUCCAAUGAAACAGAUGGCACGAGGAGGACCAAUGGUAUACCAGCCCAGUCCUUAUCUAGCGAUGCCGUCCCAAGUGCACCAGGGCCACUCCGGGGCGUCGUCCAUCCGUUCAAGCGCUUCUUCAGUUGCUUCAACCGCUACGCCGACCCCGCCUCUUACUCGCGUAUCCUCGGUUGAGAAAUUGGGUAGGGGGUCGUUUCCGGAAGGCGUCGAUGGAGGAUACUUGGAUGGGGCUCGUGGUGCGCCUACGAGGGCUACUACGAUACCAGAUACCUUGGCAAGGCUGGAAGGAAGAACAGUUUCACCCGCACUUGAACACCACAGAAGCACUGGAUCACGGCACUAUCGUACCCAUAGCAGGACCCCCAGCCCCCCGGAGGGUCCAGGAUCCCCAACACUGCCGUCGGUCGAUGAGAAUGAGAUAUCGGAGGGAUCAUCCCGCGCGUCUGACUCUAGUGUUGAGGGUAUGACAGGAGCCACGCGGCCACGCCUAAUUUCGGCCUACUCUGCGCCGAUACUACCAACAAUGCAUCGAGUUUCUCAGCCACUUCCGGAGGGCGUGCAAGGGGAUCUUUCCCUUCUUCAUGAGCACCGUUUGUCCCACGCGGCUGAAGUCGGACAGCUUCUCCCCCGCCGCCGCGAUACGCUUAGGAAUUCACAGAUUGUGGGUAGCCCCGUGACCGAAUCUCCUUCCUCGUAUUAUUCCCCGGUUGCGUCGGAUAGAGUAUACGCCUUGGAUAUUGCGAUGCCGCCCGCAAUACCAGGGGUCGACGGCCUUCAGUUUCCGGCACCUGCGGUCACGGCUGGUUCACUGACGAGACCUGAGCGGACAAGAUCGUCAUCUGAUCCAGCUUCUGAUGAGAGCGAGCCGCCAAUGUUUGACGGUCCGUGGUUAUCCAAGUCAGGGGGCAAUGACGAUAGGGAUGGUUCCUCUGCCGCAAGGAGGUCGGAUCAAUCUGCUUCAGCCACGCCAAAAUCCAAAGUACCGGCGGAUUUCUCGUCCGACUCAGACCCACCCAAACAAAAGUCUAAAAAGUUGCAGAAGAGGAACAGGAGGAGCAAGGGUAGUCCGUCCCGGACCUCGACUACGGAUGUUGACCUGGAGGCCCAGUGAAAAUCCGUAGAGAAGGAAGACGAUUUGCAUCUAUUUUUAUUUCUCUUAUUCGUUUCUUACUCUCAUUUGCACUAACGGCGUUCGUUUCUUUUUUACACUUUCAUGACCGCAACGCUAUUGGAUUUUGAUGAAUGCCCUAGAAUUCUUUCUCAUUAAUGCUAGUGAGAAGGGACUGGCAACACACGGGAGAACUAGGGAGGGGAUCAAUUAGGCCCGAUGCAGCCCGGCUGGGGGGGCUUUCCUUUUUUUUUUUCAAGAAAAAGUCGAUUGGGUUUUAUUGUGAUUUCAGUUUUUUUUGGUUUUUUUUUCUUCCAUUCCCUUGUUUAAUUUUUCCAUCCGCACAUUAGUCCGCUACGGUAUUUGAGUACGGACCAACCUUAAUAUCACAAGUACUAUGAUACCACACGUCUAUCCAGCUGGCUAUUAGCUGGUUAGCGAAGAAAAACAAAAACAAUAGCAAUAACAAAGGGAGGUGGAAACAAGGCAAAAAAAACAACUUUUAACUCCAACUCAACUCUUAUCCUCACUUUUUAUUUAUUUAUUCAUUUAUUUAUCUAUUUAUUUAUUUUACCUCAUUUUUAUUUUUAUUUUUAUUUUUAACCUUUUGAAUGCGGUUGAGCGAACUGAGCCGAGCCGGCUUGGGCAGGUUCAGGAAGAGGGGCAAAAGAUCAGCGGUAGGGAUACUGCCU